AUGGCAAUGGCAGCGACGGAGUGUGAUACGUGUCUGACCACGCCUCGUCCGUGCAUCUUCCUACACGGUUUGGGUAACCCAAACGAAGACACCGAACUGCAGGACACGCCAGAGCGGACGAAUAAAAAGUUCGGCGAUAUUCGCGGCCACACUCCUUGCUGUUCCGAGAUCAAGUACGCUGUCAUCAACACUGUUGAUGCUGGUUGGAGGAACGACACUCUUCAGCAGAAAUUCUGUGACCACGCACUCUCGAUGAGUGACACCAGCGACGUCGAUGCUGGGAUCAUUGACAACACAAUAAUUGUGACACAUUCAAUGGGUGGACUUGUUAUGGCUCACACUCUCGCAAAGGGGAAAUGUCGGUUCAGCGAGUCGACCUCGUGGGUGGCACUUAGCUCUCCAAUGACAGGCAGUAUGGCGCCGGAUUAUCUCCAGGGCAUUUGCACUAGUAUGAACAAGAAGGUUGUUGUGGGAUUACUCGACUUAAUUGGCGAGUGUCCGGUGUUCAAGGCACGUCUAUCUACUAUCUAUCAGGGCGGAAAGUACAGCUCUCCGACCAUCGAUGCGGCGUAUGUAGCUGCUCAAGAAGCAUAUCGCAGUAAUGUGACAGCAGCAAUGUGCAGUGACAGCUAUAGCGGUCUUUUUUCAAUGUACCAAGUUCCAAGUAUCUUGGGAGGACAGCUGAUUCCACACAGGUCAAAGAAAAACGACGCUCUCGUCGAGUUUCAGAGCUGUUUGGGUGGUCUUGACGAAAACCGAUUCGGUAAUCACUACUUGGAUCGGUUCUAUAGACCACAGCUGAAUCACGCAGACACUGCGUUUCUGACUGGAGAUGGCCUGUUUAAGGACUCGCAGAAACCCAAGAAAUGGUUCGAGUGCCUUGAAUUGUAG